UCGAGUUACCUCCCCUUAUUCUGUUUCUCGGAAGUGUGUUGUCAAACUGUCCAAUCGAAAGGGAAACAACGAUUGUACUCAUCACCGAGUUACCAAGUUCCCUGUCGUCUUGUCUCCAAUAUUACAAUGGCUGAACCUGACCCAGUUCAGCGGGAAAUAAGCAUUUCAUCUGUGUUUGAUGAACCGUGUGACAAGUCUGAUGUAGCUCUGGUUGUUGAAGGAAGAAGUCUUCACGUCAACAAAGCGGUGCUUGCUACAGCGUCAGAUUUUUUUGACACGAUGUUUAAUGGAAAUUUUAAAGAAAAACAGGAACGUGAAGUCCCUCUCCCAGGAAAAAGGUAUACUGACAUUGUGGACAUGCUUCUGUGUAUUUACCCAUCAGAACUACGGCCUGUCACCAAGGCAACAGUGGACAAGAUGCUGGAACUAGCUGACGAGUACCAGAUUAAGAGUCUAAAGCGGAAGUGUGAAGAAUUUCUGCUCAGGGUCUGUAAAAUGUCAAAAAAGGAAAAAAAAGAUGUUACACAUGCUUUAUAUCUGGCUGAUAAGUACAGCAUGCCUAACGUCCUGAAAGUAACUAUACACAUUGUCAAACAAUAUAAGUUUAGAGAUGCUGGCUUGUGUGACUUUUGUCUGGAGCAGGAACAAGACUUCCUGAACCUUGGGAAUGAAACAAAGCUAAACCUUAUGGCAGAAAGGAUUGCCUAUUUAGAGUAAAAUCAAUAUCUCUAAUGGUUUUUUCCUCAUUGUAGAAUAGAUCAGUAUAUCGAUGUAUCAGUAUGUAAUGCUUAACAUCGACUCAAAACUGAAAAGAUACUCUUCUAUCCUGAAAACGAAACCAUGCUUCAUAUCAAGUCCAAGAAAAAUGUGGUUUUUUUAUGCAUCGUCGAAUCUUUGUAAAAAAAUGACAUCUAGAAUUUCUAGAACUUAUGCACGGGACACGAUUUGGAUGCAUCAUGUUCUUUCAGAGCUUGAUACUCACACAAAUAGAGUUUUAAUGCAAACAGUUCACUGCAAGUCAAUGUCUCCAUGCUGAUGGUAUGCUUCAGUCAGCAAUGACGGUCCACCUCACCAUCCACCUCUCCGUCCAUCUGCUGGGCCAGAUACUGCAUGGAAAGUCUUGUUGUGUGUGCCUGUGCGUUGUCCUGUUGAAAAGUAUGGACAUCUUGGUGGUGAUUGAAGACAGAUAC